AUGGUUCAGACUUCAGCUUUGGUGACGGCAUCCGUCGCUACCGCCGCCGCCGCCAUCCUCGGUUAUGCUGCCUACUUCGACUACCAACGUCGAAACCAGGCCGAGUUCCGCCGAAACUUGAGGAGGAACGAGCGCAAGCAGGCCCGCGUAGCAAAGGAGGAGGCCGAAGCUUCUACUCAGCAACAACGCCACAGCAUCCGCUCCAAGGUCGAGGAGGCAAAGGAGGAGGGUUUCCCCGCCGGUGUUGAGGAGCGGGAAGCUUUCUUCAAUGAGCAGGUUAUGGCUGGAGAGAUGCUCAGCCAAGAUCCUACCAAGACUCUUGAGUCUGCUUUGGCCUUCUACAAGGGUCUUAAGGUCUACCCUGCUCCUGGCGACCUGAUCCGAAUUUACGACAGCACUCCUAUAUUAGACAUCCUCGCUGAGAUGAUCGCAUACGACUCAUCUCUCGACAUCAGAUCCGGUCCCGCCCCCGGUGGUAUCAAUCUUUCCGACAUUCCCAAUGUUGGUCUCGACUAA